UGUUCUGAACCUUAUAAGUAUUUAGUUUCCUUCUGCUUCUGCUUCUGUCUCCUCCACCUUUUUAGCUCUUUCAUGGCGUCUCUACAACUCUCCACCUCGCUAUUCAUUUCUUGAACAAGAAAACAACCAAUUCAAACCCUAAUCUCAUCCUUUAAAACCCCCAGUAUAUCGUCAAUAUCAAUGGCCAAACGAACCCUACCGCUCCUAAAAGACCUAUGUGCUCGAUCAAACCCUGAUCCUCACCCUCUCCGAUUGCUAGGGUUGAGAUCCGUGACCUACAUGCCCCGACCCGGAGACGGCACUCCGAGGGCCGUGACCCUAAUACCCGGCGACGGAAUCGGACCCCUCGUCACCGGCGCAGUCGAGCAGGUCAUGGAGGCGAUGCACGCGCCGGUGUACUUCGAACGGUACGACGUGCACGGCGACAUGAAGAGCGUGCCACCGGAGGUGAUCGAAUCGAUUCGGAAGAACCAGGUGUGCUUGAAGGGAGGGUUGAUGACUCCGGUGGGUGGUGGUGUGAGUUCGCUGAAUGUUCAGCUCAGGAAGGAGCUCGAUCUCUACGCUUCGCUUGUGAAUUGCUUGACUCUGCCGGGUUUGAUGACGCGGCACGAGAUGGUUGACAUUGUCGUCAUAAGGGAGAAUACUGAAGGGGAGUACUCCGGCCUAGAGCACGAGGUCGCUACUGGUGUUGUUGAAAACAUGAAGGUGAUAACAAAGUUCUGCUCAGAACGUAUUGCAAGAUAUGCCUUUGAGUAUGCCUACCUCAACAACAGAAAGAAAGUAACAGCUGUGCAUAAAGCCAACAUUAUGAAACUUGCAGAUGGCCUGUUUUUAGAAUCUUGUCGGGAGGUUGCAAGCCAUUAUCCCAGUAUCAACUACAAUGAGAUUAUUGUGGACAACUGCUGCAUGCAACUUGUUUCAAAGCCAGAGCAAUUUGAUGUUAUGGUGACUCCUAAUCUUUAUGGCAAUUUAGUAGCAAACACAGCAGCUGGUAUUGCUGGAGGCACCGGUGUCAUGCCAGGAGGCAAUGUGGGGGCUGAUCAUGCCAUUUUUGAGCAAGGUGCCUCGGCAGGAAAUGUUGGAAAUGACAAGUUGGUGGAGGAGAAGAAGGCUAAUCCGGUGGCAUUGCUUCUCUCGUCCGCCAUGAUGCUGAAACAUCUUCAGUUUCCUUCUUUUUCUGAUCGGUUGGAGACUGCUGUGAAGCGAGUAAUCUUGGAGGGCAGGUACAGGACGAAAGAUCUUGGUGGAGACAGCAGCACACAAGAGGUGGUUGAUGCUGUCAUUGCUAAUCUAGACUCAUAGUAGAAAAUCACCACCUGAUCCUUGGCUAACCUUUGAAACUACCAUUCUUGCCACAGAUUCUUACCCAGUCAUUCUUUUAUUGAUUUUGUUCCUUCCUUCCUAUAUCAUUGGUCUUUUAAACUGCAUUUUGAAGAAUGUGGUUUAUUUUUCUGCAUAGUCUCAAUUUACAAUAAGAAGGAAAUUUUCGCAUUCAAACUUGUUACAACCGUGUAAUUGGUAGAUUUUUACCCUUUUCAAAUGCAGGUCUUCUAUUUUAUGCUAUAUUUAAUAACUUUCUUUGUAUGAGACAAAAUUUUAAUUUCUGGCUAUUGAAAUAAUGAAGAAUAUAUUUGUCACACAA